CACGAUCGCUACAUUCGCUACCUUUCACUGCCAUUCUCUACAAGUUUUGAUCAGUCGCUAAUUAAUCGCACUGACUAUAUUGCUAAUCUCUCUGUUAUUCAAUUAAUUUCCACUCGAAAUUGAUUUAUUGAUUUAUGGCUCUUCCUAAAUCAAACCCUAGGGUUUCAGCGUCCAUGAAGAUGAAAAGGGUCUCUGAUGCUAUGAAGCCUCAGAAAACUGCCAUGGCCAAGAGAGGCUCCACUCUGAAGAAUAAGGCCGGCCGACUCUCGAAGCUGUGCGAUAUUGCCGUUUACAUGAUCGCUCUUGGUGCCGACGGCAAGAUCAACGAUUGGCCGGAAAACCAACAAGAUUUGAAAUCAGUUCUACUCAAGUACAAGAAUCUGAAGAGGGGUUUCAAAGAUCGAAUUGAAAAGGGUCUGUUCUCCGUCGAAAAGGGUUUCUUGGAAAUUGUUGAUGAUCGAGAAAAUCGGGAUUUGGGUAUUCAGGAUAAUUGCUUGGGGGCCAAGUUGGAGUCUUUGAAUGAGAGGAUCGGAGCUGUGACGAUGGAGAUGAUGAUGAGGGAUGACGGUAAGUGCAGUUUCAUGGACUUGUACAAGAAUAUCAUGGAACCAGAUCCAGCAGAUCAACAACAACUAUCAUCUCUUAAUCUUAAUUUGAAUCUUCAUCCAACUGAUCUCGUCGAACCCAGACCCAAACCCAAUUUAAUUGGUGAGAUUAAUUUGAAUCUUGAUCCAGGUGAUCUCGUCAUACCCACACCCAAACCCAAUUUAAUUGGUCAGAUUAAUUUGAAUCUUGAUCCAGAUAACGUCGUCAUACCCACACCCAAACCCAAUUUAAUUGGUCAAUUUCAGCAAGAUUAUCUUUCAUCAAUUCAUGAACCAACUGUGGAUGCAAAUGAUUAUCUCAGUUUGGUAUUGGAUAAUGAUGAUCAUAAUGAUGUUGGUCUAAUGGAAGAUUAUCUGCAACUUUAUGAUCUUGAAUUGCCAGAAGAACCACAAGAGCAGCUGCAGUCGCAAUCACCUUCUGUGCCAAGUGUGGAAAUUAGUGAUGAUGAUAUGAAGUUGCUAUUGAGUGAUUGUGAGAUUGGUUUGAUGGAAGAUGAUAUGCAGUUUUGUGAUGAUCUUGAUGAUUAUGAGCCAACUGUGGAUACUAUUUAUGAUUUUCUCAGUUGGGUAUUGGGUGAUGAAGAUCAAAAUGAUAAUAAUGCAAUGGAAGAUGAUGUGCAACCUCAUAGCACUUAUCAUAUUACUGAUGAUGAGCAUGAUGACAUUAGGUUGCUGUUGACUGAUUGUGAGAUUGGGUUGAUGCAAGAAGAUUUGCAGUUCUGUGACAAUGACUUGAGUGAAUUUUUGGCGCCUCUUCAAACCAUGUUGCUACAAGACCCACAACAUCAGCCUCAUUCCGAGUUAAAUCUUAAUUUCUAGUCUUCAUCUGUAAUUUUAUGUUUUUCAGUAGCUUAGGUCAAAAUCUGUUGUGUUUCUGUUUGGUUGAUUGGAUGGCCAUCUCAGGAUCAAUCCUUAUCAACCAAAAUCUGAUGAUGUAUAUUCUGCAAUAUUAGACCAGAUUAUUCUAUGUUUUUCUUUGUACAGCUCAAGUGAAGAGCUUUUGGUGUAGAUCCUUUUAUUCAUCAUACUUUCACACCACAAGU